AUGUCUCGCUCUCGUUCCAACUCCUCUACCUCCAACCUCUCCAGCAAGGACCUUCCUGCCGACAGCAUGGCGAUUCAGGUCACCAUCAACGGUGGCAAGACCAUAAAACUGAAUGUCCGACCCGUUCACACCAUCUCCAACGUCCUCGAAUUCCUCUCGGCCUCUACAAACUUGCCUACAGACAGCCAACUCAUGCUCGACGGCAAACCUCUCGAACCAUCCACCACGGUUGCAGACCUCAAGCUGGACGAGUCCUCUACACUCCAACUCUCCUCUCCCUCUCGAAGCACUACCCCCACACAAUCGGCACCAGCAACAACCGAGAUGGUCACACAAAAGCCAUCGGCGUCCGGUACCUCGACUCCCACCACGUCCGGGACUGCCACUCCGACCAAGAAGAAGUCGAACAGACCUCGGUGCUCCAAAGACGGAUGCAAAGCACCUGCUCAGCCUAUCGUCGGAGACUGUGGUUUUUGCCAAAAGCGCUUCUGUGGGAAACACCGCAUGCUGGAAUCACACAACUGCGAAGGUCUCGAAGACGCUCGACGUGCGGACAAGGACAGGAAUGCCGCGAAGCUGGAGGGAGAGCGUACCGUCAUGCUUCGUGGGUUAUAA